AGCAUCUAACAUCUCCGAAGCACGACCGUCACCGAGGCUGGUCUAAACAUGAUGCCAGUAGGGAGAGGAGUGACGACGACUGGGAUGACGCCGGCAGUGAAUCGGACUACGACCCAAAAGCAAAAUACUAUGAUCCCGUCGACGAUGACGUCUAUCGAGAGAUCUCUUUCCGGGCCCGAGAGACGCCAGAUCAAACACUACUAGGCGAGAGCAUCGAGAAGAGACGGGAGGGCGAAGGUGAAAGGGAACAUCAUGCCAGACGGCGACGUCGAAGUGGCCACGAACGGCGAGACUCCACAUCCCAUCGCCGCCGCUCAGUAUCCUCCAACGAGAGUGACAUAUCCCGCGACCUGCACAGACAUUCGGAUCGCUCUCCACGGCAAUCUUCUCAUCGAUCCUCCGACCUGUCUCGGCCUCGACCAGACUCUCAUCGUCGUCCACUCUCCCCAAUACCGUCCGAACAGUCUGAGGGCUGGCUGACUUCCUCGAAACGGGCGGUGGGACCUCGGAACCGAAGUCGCUCCCUUAUUGACCGCCACAAGAGGGAUUCGAGCAACGACUCAUUCUCAGAUAUAUCAAACCUUGGAUCCACAGACCCGCAAGAGAAGGACCUCAACCCAAAAUCACGAACAUCUCCAGAAAGGCCCCCAAGGUCACGCACUCGAGACGGACACGGU